CUUUUUUUUAGAAUCGUUAGUCUAAAAUCUAAAUACGUCUUAAGUUUGACAUCUCAUUAUACUAAUACUGUGUUACUCAAUAGUAAGAGAGCAAAAAAACAUAGAAAUGAAAUAAAAAUCUUUCAAAAGCCAAUACAAUCGUUUCUGUCUUGAAUAUAUGAUUUUUACAACCUCGAAUUUAAGAAUCCACUACUUAUAUGAAUCCACAUUCUUAUGAGAUUCCAUAAAUUGCAAUUUAUGUUAUUUUUUGUAGAAGAUCUACAAAAAGUUAUCAAUAAAAAAUAUCGUAUUCUUCAAUGGUAUUUUUUUUAAAAAAAAAAUUUGCUGGUCCGGCUUGAACAUUUUGUCGUCUACACUCUACAUCGUCACUCUGCUUCUCUGUUACUAUAAACCCUAACAACCAUCGAACUCGUCUCCUUCCUCUCCCUCUUCCAUUACCCAUUGGAAGAAAAAGGCUGACCUACGAACAAGGAAGGAAAGGAUCGCCAUUGAUCCUCCGACAAUGAACUCAACGCUCACCACUUCCUUCCUCAAUUUCAAAGUACCUUCUUCUUCUUCCUCCCCCUUCUCCUCCUUCAAUUCAACUUCCCAACUCCCCCAUCGUCUCAAUUCCACCAGGCUCGCCCACCCGCAACCUUCUUCCAUUCCCACCAUUACAGCAUGCCUACCAAACCCAUACCCACCCUUAAUCAUCCAGCGCCUCAAAACCCUGGCCAAAACCGCCGUCUUGAUCGCCGCCUCUGCUUCCGCCGCCGCCCAUUUCUCCGUUCUCCACCCGGCCAAAGCCGAACCCCCUGCAGCAGCCGAAGCUACUCUAGCUGAAGAAACCCCGGCCACCAUCGAAGAGCAACUGGAGCCAAAGAACCCAGCUGCUGUGGAGCUGAAGGAUGAGGACUCUUCUUCGUCCUCCUUCGCCUCUCCUUUGUCCGAAUUUCUCGUGGGUAACACCGAAGCCGUCGAGUCUCUGAAGUCCCUGCUGCAGCAGAAGCUCGAGAGCCGUGAAGACGAGGAGGCGCUCAAGAUCCUGACCCGCCUCGUCGCCGCCCAGCCCGCGGCGGUGGAGUGGAAUUUCCUGAUGGCGAGGUUGUACAACGAGAUGGGUCAGUCCCAGAAUGCCCGCAAGGUGUUCGAGGAAAUUCUCGCUGUGAAUCCUCUGUCGUUCGAGGCUCUUUUCGAGAAUGCGCUGCUCAUGGACAAGUGCGGGGAAGGGGAGGCGGUGAUUGCGAGGCUGGAGAAUGCUCUGCAGAUAGCGGAGGAGGAGAACAAGGUGAAGGAAGCUCGAGAUGUGAGGUUGAUAAUGGCGCAGAUACAGUUCCUGCAGAAGAACAUUGAAGAGGCGAUGAGGAUUUACCAGGAGCUUUCGAAGGAGGAUCCCAAGGAUUUCCGGCCGUAUUUCUGCAGGGGAAUGAUUUACAGCCUGCUAGAUAAGGACGUGGAGGCGAAGCAGCAGUUCGCCAAGUAUCGAGAGCUCUCGCCGAAGAAGUUUGAGGUGGAUGGAUACUUGAGGACUCCAUUGUCAAGAAUGAAGGUUUUUGGGCCGAGUGAUGAGAACUGAGCUCCACUGUAAAAGGCGGGAAUAACAAUGGAGAGAGUUGAAUUCCUCCAUAAGAGGCCGAUCGAGGAACCACAUUUGGGUAGAGUUCGUUCGUUCCUCGCAGCUUCUUCUUUCUAGCUUAUCCUUGACAUUUUUUUACCUGAUUUUGUGCAAUCCAAUUACAAACUACAGAUGAUGUGUUUGAAACCUAAGAAAUAAAAGGGAAGAGAGAUCUCAAGCAGUUGUAGUUUUGAGGCAGACAUUGAUUGAUUGAUUGAUUAGAAUCUCUCUUGAAUUGUAGACCGACCAUGUACCAGCUUACAUUAAUGUG